UCUCACCCGGCGGCGCAACGCGGAAGUGCGAUGGCGGCGGCAGCCGAGGCAGCAGCGGGAGGCGGCCCGGGGUCCCAGCCUGCUGCCCAGCGGAGGCUGCGCAUCCUCUCUGGCCACCUGCAGGGCUCGCCGGCGAGCCGGGCGCCCGAGGCUGAGCGGUUCCUCUCCCCGAGCCAGUGCAGGGCGGGGGGCGCAGCUGAGCGGCCGGUCGCGUCCACCAUCCCUAAGAAACGGCAAGAAAUUCUGAAGUGGAAUGGAUGGGGAUAUAAUGACUCCAAAUUUAUAUUUAAUAAGAAGGGACAAGCAGAAUUCACAGGGAAAAGGUAUAGGUUGAGUGGUAUGGUGUUACCUGUUUUGAAGGAAUGGAUGGAAAAAACCUUAGGAGCAAGUUUGGAGCACAAAAUUACCUCUAGAGCUUUCUUAAAUACUAGUGAUGUACCCCCAUCUAUUGUAAAUGAAGAAUUUCUUCAGGAUCUUAGAGCCACUAAAAUUUCAUAUUCACAGGAAGCAGAAGAUAGGGUGUUCAGAGCUCAUGGUCACUGCCUACACGAGAUGUUUGUGCUAAGGGAAGGAAUGUUUAAACGAAUUCCUGAUAUAGUUAUAUGGCCAGGUUGCCAUGAUGACGUAGUUAAAAUUGUGGAACUAGCCUGCAAACAUAAUCUUUGCAUAAUACCAUUUGGUGGAGGAACAAGUGUUUCUAGUGCUCUUGAAUGUCCUGCAGAUGAGAGAAGAACUAUUGUUUCAUUGGAUACAUCACAAAUGAAUCAAAUUCUCUGGAUAGAUGAGAAAAACUUAACUGCUCAUAUAGAGGCUGGCAUUAUUGGACAAGAUUUGGAAAGACAGCUUGGUGAGAGUGGUUACUGUACAGGCCAUGAACCAGAUUCUAUGGAAUUCAGCUCCCUUGGAGGAUGGGUGGCCACACGCGCAUCAGGCAUGAAAAAGAACAUCUAUGGAAACAUUGAAGAUUUGGUGGUUCAUAUAAAAAUGGUAACCCCAAGAGGAGUAAUAGAAAAAAGCUGUCAAGUACCUCGCAUGUCAACAGGACCUGACAUCCAUCAUUUCAUUAUGGGAUCUGAAGGAACCCUUGGAGUGGUUACAGAAGUUACAAUAAAAAUUCGACCAAUCCCUGAAUACCAGAAGUAUGGCUCUGUAGUAUUUCCUAACUUUGAACGAGGAGUGGCCUGUUUAAGAGAAAUAGCAAAGCAGAGGUGUGCUCCUGCAUCAAUUCGCCUUGUGGACAAUGCACAAUUUCAGUUUGGGCAUGCUCUUAAACCACAGGUUGCUUCAAUUUUUACAUCAUUUUUGGAUGGGCUGAAAAAAUUCUACAUCACAAAGUUUAAAGGAUUUGAUCCCAACGAACUGUGUGUAGCUACAUUACUCUUUGAGGGUGACAGAGAGAAGGUUCUUCAGCAUGAAAAGCAGGUUUAUGAUAUCGCUGCCAAAUUUGGUGGUCUGGCAGCUGGAGAAGAUAAUGGACAGAGAGGUUACAUGCUGACAUUUGUCAUCGCUUACCUUCGGGACCUGGGCCUGGAUUACUAUGUAAUAGGAGAAUCAUUUGAGACUUCUGUUCCCUGGGAUAGGGUUAUAGACCUCUGCAGGAAUGUAAAGGAAAGAAUAGUGAGAGAAUGCAAAGAAAAAGGUGUCCAGUUUGCUCCGUUUUCCACCUGCAGGGUGACACAGACUUACGACGCAGGUGCAUGUGUCUAUUUCUAUUUUGCCUUUAACUACAGGGGAAUUAGUGACCCUAUUCAUGUCUAUGAACAAAUUGAGACAGCUGCUAGAGAGGAAAUCCUCGCCAAUGGAGGAAGUCUGUCACAUCACCAUGGAGUGGGCAAGUUGCGGAAGCAGUGGAUGAAGGAGAGUAUCUCUGAUGUUGGCUUGGGGAUGCUUAAGUCUGUCAAAGAAUAUGUGGACCCCAAUAACAUCUUUGGAAACAGGAACCUUUUAUAAAACCCUUACUAUCUGAAAAUUUCAAAAUUACGAUUUUUAGCCUCAUUGUACUGUUAUCCCAGUAAUCAAAUAUAACAUGGACUGAACUUUAAAAGCUAAUAUCUUUCUUAUAUUGGUUUUCCUCCAACAAAAUGUAAAC